AUCACAUUUCAUUUUCUUUUUUUGGCAUAAACCAAUCCGCAUAGAAAGUCUUAACCCCGCAAAUUCUUGAAUUACUCGCACCAGGAGUGUGGAUUUGACAGUGCACUGUCACAAGUUCCCUCUCGUUUGCACAGACGGUGACUGAAAUUCCAAUCGAUCACCCAUGGGCUUAUUUUAUGACUGAAAGCCACCCCCACCCAAACCUAAACAGUUUUUUUCCCCCUGUGCAUGUGUGUGCGCUACAGAUUCUCAACCAAGAGGCAGCACGUGCUUCUCACAGUACCGCGAAAGGCGCGCGUUUAAUUUUUACAUUUGGCAUCCCCUUUGCAUUGUUUUUUUAAGCGCGUGUUGCUGAUUCUGAUUCGACGCGGAUUACAGCAGCAGGACGUCCGGUGAGCGCGACUGACUGGCUGACUGAGCGCUCGUGCUGCAGUAACAGAAGGUGCGCGAGACUCUUGUUUAGUACAAACUCGCACACACACACGAUGAGCGCGAGUGGUGAGGAAGCCGCCGGCGAAGCUUCAGGAUCGCAGGAGCAGCCCGAGCCCACCCCGGCCGAGCCACCGAAGAGGGGACCGGGCAGACCCAGGAAACCACAACAGGAACCCACAGGAGAGCCUGUCCCCAAACGACCGAGGGGACGCCCCAAAGGAAGCAAGAACAAGGGCCCCUCCAAAGCAGCACAGAAGAAAGCUGAGACCACAGGGGAGAAAAGACCCAGAGGAAGACCCAGGAAAUGGCCACAGCAAGUGGUCCAGGAAAAGCCUGCUCAGGAAGAAGAAGAAGAAGAAGAAGAAGAAGAAGAAGAGGAUGUGGAGCCAGAGGAGGACUAAGCAACCACAGGAUUUUACCUCUACCUCAUCCAGCUGUUAGCUCUUUCCAAGGGAAAAGACUGCCUUGACCACUUAUCAUUGAUUUCCCACUUUCGUUUGAUCGUUUUGUUUAUUUUAGUUUUUUCCUCAUUAGUUUCUUUUGGUUUUGUUUUGUUUGUGAUAAACACACACAACACCUCAGAGCUUAAACCCGAAAAAACUAUGUAAAUGCAAACUAACAUCUUGCAGAUAACGAUUGGAGCCACCUUGCUGUCCCCACUAAAGCAUUGAAACUGCUGUAAGCGCACAGAGUAAUUUCAGGGGUUAAACACACAAUAUGUGCUGCGGCAGUUUCCUUACACCACACACACUUCUAACCACACUCUCGUUGAAAGAUUUUCCAGGCUUCAUUGGUAAAGAAGAUAAAUCAAGUUUUUGUCAUUGAAGUAGUCACAACAAGAGGUGCGUCAUGGGUGAAGCUUUAAAUGGACACAGCUAUCCUGUCAUACACAAAUAAACACACAUGAACUCCCUCUCCAUAGCACCAUGCCACCAAAGAUUAAUUUUCCCUUGUGAAUUUCCUUUAUUCACACUAAAGGAGCUGAUUGGCUAAGUGGUUCGCAGUUUACCUAAAAAAUGUCCUAGUAAGUUUACGUUCAGUGAAAUAUUCAAACAGGUGUAAAAUGCUCCAGUGGAACCUAUAACAUUUUUCUCAUGAUAUUUUAAAGGAAUAUUCCAGAUCAAAACAUGUUAAGCUCAAUCAACAGCAUUUGUUGUCAAAAAUUGUUGUCUGGGUUACAGUGAGGCACUUACAGUACAAUGGAAGUGAAUGUCGGCAAUCCGUUAACAUUUAAAUACUCACUUUUUUUUUUUUUAUAUCCACAAGAUGUAAUCAAUGUGUUAGCAUGAUUUUAGUGUGAUAAAAUCACAUACUAACAUUUUCUGUGCAAAGUUAAUUCCAAUUUUACAACUUCAUUGCCAUGAAUGUGUAGCGCCAUAAACUAUAAAAUGACAGAUUUUUUUUAAAGAAAAGGAGGGACGAGUCUAAACUAUUUUUUGUGUUAAUCAACAUUCUUUUACAAAUAUUGUUGAGCUUAACUUGUAUUAAACCUGAAAUAUUCCUUUAAGAAAAAUAAUAUGUCAAAAAUGGUUGCAUGCGAUGCAUUAAUAAUUUAACCAAAAGGACUGUGUGUCACCUUAAAUGGCCUUAAAUUGCUGACAGACUCUUCACCCUGUUACUGUAAUUGCUUGUGAGUUUAAUUUGUGUGUGAAUGUAAGAAUUAGCCCCUCCUCUUCCUUAGAGGUAAAUUAGAACCUAAAAUAUUAAUAUGCAUUUUAUUAUUGUUGCAGCAAACAUAAAUGUGGGCGAUCAUUUCCAGCAUUACAACAGAACAAUGCCACAGCAUUCUACUGUACAUAUCUCACAACUUCAGCUUUGCUUAAUUAACACGUGUACAUAAUUGUUUUAUUUUCUUGAAUGGCAUAGCUUUAAGAACAUAAUAUCAGACGAGCUCAACUAAAGGGAAAUGUUUUAACUCAGACUGGUUCAAGAACUAAACCUCAAAAACCACAGGAACAAAACCGCUCUAUACCUCAUUACACACAUAAAUACCUGAAUGACAGUGACAGCGUUGUGUCAAAAGACACAAAUAUUGUUCGAUGUAUCUUAACUGUCACAAAUGCAAUAUCUCCUCAACAUUUCAAAACUACCUCUGAUUUCUUCAACCAGCAAACCAGUUUGAGAAAUGCACACUGCUAUACAGUUCUCAUUAUAAAGCAGGGGCUAGCGGUGUGUGCCAACAUUGAAAACUAACUUUAUUUUAACAUUGUCGUAACUUGGCACAAGGGCGCAUCAGUGCUCUGCAGAAUGUUUUUGUGGGUGUUGGGCAGGUAAUUACUGAAAUCUGAGGUCUGUUUGUAGUCAUAUGUAGACCUAAUCAUGCAGCUAAGGGAAAAAAGUACUGUGUUCUCGUAAAUGUUUCUCUUUUUUUCCACAUUAGCUUAUAUCUGACAUUUGUAACAAGAUACUCUUUUCUUUUUUUUUUCUACAACUGGGAUGUCUGUUUUAAAUUUUUAUUUCUUUAUAUAUAUAUAUAUAUAUAUACUAUAUAUAUAGUAUAUAUAUAUCAGUACUAUAUAUAUAGUACUGAUUUACUCAAUGGUUUCUAAGGAUCAAUUGCUUGUAUGACACUAAAUGAUAUUUUUGCAAAUGUAUUUUUCUUUUCUUCUGUUUUAUUUUUCUCCACUAUUGCUCUGAUUUUUAUAGUUUUAGUUCUCUCUAUGUACUAUUCAGAUAUGUACCUCAAAAAAUGGAUAAAAAUGGAAUUAUAAUCAGCUGACAAAUACCUACCUCCAGUCUUGAAAAAAAUUGAAUGAAUUUUGUCUGGUUUCUUUCAGUAUCAAUUAGAGUACUGACAAUUACAUUCGGACUGCACAAGAUCCUUUUACAAACGUUUUCAAUUUAAAUCUUAAUUCAGCUGGGGGAGAAGAUAGAUAAGAAAACAAACAUAAAACACAUCACAUGAAAAAAGAAAAAACUUGAAACUUUCAGGUUUGAAAAAAAAAUGUUUUUGUAUAUUGCAUAUAUCUUUUUGAAAAAUUAGUAGAUAUUGAGAUAUACUUGAUUAGCGUUUUUUUUUUUUUUGUGUGUGUGUACUUCACACAAAUGUGAUUUUCUUUUCUUGUUAUAUGGUUCAAACAGAUGUAUAUGUAAUACUUAUGUAGUGUAAGAAUACACCUUUUUCAGACCAUCACCAUGAAAACCUUAAGAAAUGUUAACAUGUUAAUCUCAACUGGGCCUGAGGUAGAGCCUCAGAGGAAGCUAAAGGAACUGUUGGCAUGCCCAUUAAACUUACAAUGGCAUGUAAUGACCGUCUUUAUAUGCGGCAGCUUGGCUUUUGCCACAAACCAACAUUAAACGUUGCUUAAACACUGUAAUGCUACUACCUAAAUGGUUACAGUUCUUGUAAAAGUGUCAUGUCAGUGUCUCAGUGGUGCCUUUUGACAACCUCAAAUCCAUCAACUUGAGAUCAUGUGGUCUGAACUCUCACGAUGGUAAUGGUAGUAGGCGGAAAGCUGAUUCUAGAUCAGUGCAAGAUGGCAACUUACACACAAAGCACCCUUCACUGUUUAGCAAAAAAUCUAUCAUGAUGCCCACAGCUGACAUUUAUGUGUCUCUGAGGUAAUUUGUCAUUGUGUUCAUAUACUUUCUAUGUUGGUUUGAAUGUGUAUUAACAGGAGCCACUGUUCAUGUGCUUUCAACUCUGGGUGUCUUAAUGAAGAUGAAGUUGUAUUUUCACGACAACAUGUUCUAGUACAAUCGAAUACACUUUUCUACCUCUGUGAGGGCCUCCUGUUACCUCAUUUUUCAAACUUACUGUCUGCUUAAAUUCAGGUGCCUGAGUACA